GCAGGGCCGCGGGAUCGAGGGUCUGUGGAAGCGAGAGCAGAAAGACUGAAAGGAGAGUGACGGACGCCCUAGAGUAGGGAGACAGGGUGCUGAAGGAUGGGAGCCACGUGGGACUGCAGACGGAAGCCAUGGCAGGACAAAGAGAAAAAGAAGAAAGAAAGCAUCUUGGACCUCUCCAAGUACAUCGAUAAGACCAUUCGGGUGAAGUUCCAGGGUGGCCGGGAAGCCAGCGGUAUCCUGAAGGGCUUUGACCCACUGCUCAACCUGGUGCUGGAUGGGACCAUGGAGUACAUGAGAGACCCUGAUGACCAGUACAAGCUGACGGAGGACACUCGGCAGCUGGGGCUUGUCGUAUGUCGUGGCACCUCGGUGGUGCUCAUCUGCCCACAGGACGGCAUGGAGGCCAUCCCCAACCCCUUCGUGCAGCAGCAGGACACUUAGCAGCAAAGGAGAGCGGUCCAGCCCCAGGGAUCUUCCUUCUAUGGGGUGAACUUCUGUGUGAUGUUUUGGUCUUUUGUUCUUGUUUUGUUUUGUUUUGUUUUUUAAUAAAAUUGCCCAUGUGAGCAUCUCCCUC